GCGGCCACCCACGUGGGCCUGGGGAAUGCGGCUGCGAUGCUGGGGCGCGGCAGCUGGGCCAGGGGUGUCCGACAGCAGGCUGGCGCCCGGUUCCCCAGGCCAAAGGUCUGAAGAGGGCAAUCCCAGGGCCAGCAGAGCUGAGGUUGGCCAGCACACCCACUGCCAUUUAUUGAGCACUCAGCGUCUACCUCUGUAUCCCCAAAUCCUCAGAACAGCCAGUGUGUGGGUGCUCUUACCACCCCCGUUUUCCAGAUGGGGAAACUGAGGCUCAGGGUCACAAAGCCUUAAGUGGCCAAGCCAGGAUGGGAAGUGAAUCAUCAGGGUGGGUCCAGAUGCCCGAGAGAGGCAACUGGGUGGCCUGGCCACCGUACCCAGAACUCCAGCUGGGUUGCAGAUCUUCCCCAGACGGGGUGGGUCUUGGGACCCUCAUACCUGCCACUGGCUGGGAGGGCUGGGCCACGACACCCUCACUCCUGGACUCCGUUUCCCCUUUUGUAAGACGGGUGUUGAGGUGCUGGGCUCUCGGAGCCGGUCCCUGAGAGGCACUCGGUGUGUCUGGAAGCCACAGACAGUUCUGGGAUGGGGGCUGCAACCUCUGGAGCCCCUGUUUCGGGAGGGGGGCAAUGGCCUUCUGCCUCCCACCCUCCCACCCCACCCGCAGCAGCCUCACCCCAGCCUGGUGGAGGGGAGAGCAAGCCCCCUCCCCGAAGGCCUUGUCCCCUGGGGAGCCGGUGAGCUCAUGCCGGGAGAAUGUUCCUAAGUUGGAGGGGUGUCUGCUGGCUCCAGCAGGGCCAGGAGGCCACCUGCAGCCUGGUGCUGAGGACUGACGUGAGCCAGGCUGAGUGCUGUGCUUCUGGCAGCAUCGACACUGCUUGGUCCAACUUCACCCACCCAGGGAACAAGAUCAGCCUCCUGGGAUUCCUAGGCCUCGUCCACUGUCUGCCCUGCAGAGAUUCCUGUGACGGCGUGGAGUGUGGCCCCGGCAAGGCGUGCCGCAUGCUGGGGGGCCGCCCGCGCUGCGAGUGCGCACCAGACUGCGCUGGUCUCCCGGAGCGCCUGCAAGUUUGCGGCUCGGACGGCGCCACCUACCGCGACGAGUGCGAGCUGCGCGCCGCGCGCUGCCGAGGCCACCCGGACCUGCGCGUCAUGUAUCCCGGCCGCUGCCAAAAGUCCUGCGUGCACGUGGUGUGCCCACGGCCCCAGUCGUGCGUGGUGGACCAGACCGGCAGUGCGCACUGCGUGAUGUGUCGAUCCGCGCCCUGCCCGGCGCCUACCAUUCCCGGCCAAGAGCUUUGCGGCAACAACAACGUCACCUAUAUCUCCUCGUGCCACCUGCGCCAGGCCACGUGUUUCCUGGGUCGCUCCAUCGGCGUUCGCCACCCUGGAAGCUGCGCAGGCGCUCGCGAGGAGCAGUCGGAGGUCGAGUCGGAGGAGGAGAACUUCGUGUGAGCUGCAGCAGCACCGCCUGGCGUUCGAGGCCGUCCCUCUUAUUUAUUGUCACAGCAGCAGAAUCUAAUUUAUGUCCCGCGGACUACUGAACCUGAGUGGGGAUUUCUUGGGGAUCCCAGAGCGCACUGAAGAUGUCUUGGAAGGGCGGAGGGAAGGAGACCUCCCAAAGGGCCAGUGGAUGUGGCUGCCCUGGAGACGCAGCAUCAGGUUAGGGGACCUCCUGGGGAAGCCCAGCCCCUAUCCUAGGUACCUGCCCAGAGGAUCCCGUUUCUGCUUCUUUGGAGAUGCCUGUCGGUUACACCGCCAGCGCGCUGCACUGGCGGCCCCUGCUAAUGGUUUGUGAGAAGCUCCACGGCCCUCCCCUCCCCAGGACAGAGGUGAGGAGGCUGGCCUCAAAGCCCGGCGCUGGGGCCCAGGGCAGGUGCCCAUACCAGAUAAGCAAAAGGCCAAAAAGUGGCAUGGUGGCCUCCCAGCCCAAGAACCACAGGUUCCUGCCUCCCCACUACCUCUGCCUCCCAGUAAGAAAUGCCCUGCAUGUUGCCUGAGCAGGGUCCCAUCCAUGCCUCCUGUCUCGGGCACAUCUGCCCACCACCUCCCAGAGGUUCAACUGGUGAGAUUCCAUGGCCUCAGAUGUGGGGCCACCAGCACUCACCCAGAACUGUGUCCUGUGUCCUGCAAUGUGCUGUCCACUUAGGGAUGACCAGAUGGGGACCACGAGCCCCAGCUUACCCCAAGAGUGGGGACCAAGACUGACCUGGGCAGCGCUGGGUUCCUGCUGCCCAGUGGCAGGCCUUGGCCAGGGCUUUAGACCCAGUUCCCCAAUAGCCUCUAGCCACCUGUCAGCUGGGCUGGGGGUGGCCGCACCAGCUAGUUCUGGAGCCAGUCCCUGAGGCUGCUACCCUCCACUCAGACUGUGUUGGAGACCAGAGGCAAACCAGUGGGCAGAGAGCCCAGCUCCCUGGUCCAGGGCCAGGUGGACAGUGAGGCCCUGCCCAUCUUUCUCCAGCCCAGAGAGCUGUGCUGCAAAUUCCAGUGAGCACCCCGAGCCAGGGGUCCACUGAGCCCACAGGGCGGCCUUCCCCACCCUGGGUUCUGCCUCACCAAAGAAAUAAAGACUGGAAAGGCUA